CAUUUUCGAUGCUUUUGAAUAACCUAUUCACAUUGUUUAUUUUCAUUAGAAUAUUUAUUUGGUGUAAUUUUUAACUGUACUAGUGCUAAAUAAUAGUGGUGCUCAUAUUCAUACAAGUGUUUUCAAAGAAAUUUAAAUUACAGUUUUUAGUAGGCAUAACCAUGUAAAGUUUAUAUAUAAGUUGUGAAAAUUUAAUUUUAUCCUAGGUAAAAUGAUUAAUUAGGUAACUGAAAUGUUUUUUUGUGUUCCGUGUAGUGUCUGUGUACCAAUGGCAAUAAUAUUAUAAUAACUUGAAGUUAUACAAGUGUAAUGGCGGGAAGAACAUUGGAAGAAAAGCUCAGAUGAAAGCGAAACAUUCACAGCCGAAUAUCUAGAAGACGACGCUAACGAGGGUAUUGCGAUGUUUCUAGAAACAAGCAAAGGCAGGACAGUCUUACAAUAUGACGGGUAUAGAUAUCGUAAGGCAUACAGAUCUAAGAAUGGCACUCGCUGGAAUUGCACCUGUAAGAACUGUUCAGCGUUCGUUUAUUUGAAUGACCAAGACGAGAUCAUAAUGACUUCCAAGUUCCACGAUCAUCAACGCUGGAAUUCCAUAGCAGAGAGUGUUGAUCCAGAUCUAAGUAAUACAGCUGUAGUAAUAACCUCGCGGAAGGGCAAAGAGAUGCUUCUGUUCCGUCAAUACACUUACAGAAAGCAAUAUGAUACGGGCCUGAAAACAAGAUGGGUGUGCUCUACUUUAAAAAACUGUCGCGCCUGCGUUUUCACAGACUCCAACAAUCUUAUAACAUCUGCGUUCGAAGAACAUGAACACGACCCACCUAAAUAUUAUCUUAAUCCUUCCCACAUUCUGGAAGCUUUACGGGAACCUAUUGUAUUUGAAUCCGACUAAAUAAUAAACAAAUCGCUUUGCACCAAUAUUUAAUUGUGAAAAUCGGUUCAGCAGAAAUUAAUUGCGACCGGUUUAUUUAAUAUAGACUUAAUUAGUGUGUAAUAUUUUUUUUUAUUACUAUAUUCCGUAAUCGAAUGUGUAUAUCGGCUUCGACUGUGCAACUAUGAAUAAUAUAGUGAACACUUCAUGUCCUGUGUUUAUAGGAGCAGUCAUUAAUUUGUCAAUGUUGGAUGGGUUAAUAGUCUCUUAUCCUUUUAUUCUCCAAUUCUAUAUUCUGUCAUCAUCACUAGGUUAUUUGUACUUGAUUUUGUAUUAUUUUGUAAAUUUUUGUCAUUAAAAAAACAUAAUAAUUA